CACCUCUAGAAGGUUGUGAAAACCAAAAUAAGUUCCUGGGUUAUUUAAUAAAAUAAAAAAAAAAUAAAGCAAAUCGCAGUGAUAUACCUGAUAAAAAUGGUAUACACAAAGACCAUCGCUUUGGCCAGCGCUUUCCUCUGUAUAAUGAUAAUGACACCAAUGGCACAAUCUCCUCCACUCAUCGAAGAAUGCGGCUGCAUCAUUUCCCUUCGAGAUGCCAAAAUGAGCGCAGACUGCAGUAUUGCAACUGAUCUCAAGUGCUUGGCUGAACUGCGUAACGUUCAAAUCUUGAAUAUUUCCGGAAUUGGUCUUACAGAAGUGCCGGAAGAUCUGAAUUCAACAGGAUUCGAGAACAUUUUUCACCUAGAUCUCUCAAACAACAACAUAUCCAAUAUCCCGAGCUGGAAGUUCGAUGCAAUGCCACAGCUGCACAGCAUAAAUUUGAGCUAUAAUCAUAUCACAAAACUGCCCGACGAAGCGUGCCGCAUAAAUUCUGUCUGA